AUAGGAAUGUUGGCAGAGGAAGGCGCUGGGAGUGGAACGGCGGUUAGUGACGUCAGAGGGAGAGGAUAGCAACAGUUGCCUUGAGACCCCCGGCGCCAUAGUGACUGUAGCCGUGGAGACAGUUACUUGCCAACCGGAGACACACGGAGCAGCAGUGGCCGGAGAAGUAACCCGGGGAUAGCGGAGCCAUCAUCAGCGCAGCACCGCGUACCAUAACUGCCUGGGUAGCCGGACGGAGAAACCAGCAUGCAGAAUUCAGACAGUGGAUCAGACUCUGCAACAUCUGUUGCUCUAAGGACAUCAGCAUCAGCACAAGCUCCCGUAGUGCAGCCCGUACCAGCAUCUCAACAGAGAAGUUUGUCUCAAGCAUCUGGCUCUGCUCCCAAAGGGGCACAUGGUCAGGGUAUCUCUGUACCCAGAGCCCACCAGUUACAGCAGCAGGUCCAGACUGUCCAGCAUGUCUACCCAGCUCAAGUGCAGUAUGUGGAAGGAGAUACAGUUUACACCAAUGGAGCCAUCCGUACGGCUUACUCCUAUAAUGCGGAAGCCCAGAUUUACGCACCCAGCAGUGGAUCCUCCUACUUUGACUCUCAAGGAGGCGGUGCUCAGGUUACCACAGUGGUCUCAAGCCCUACAGCUAUCCCUUCCCACAGUAUGGUGGGUAUCGCAAUGGAUGUGAGUGGCAGCCAGAUCAUCUCUAGUUCUGGAGCAUACCUUAUCCAUGGAGGACUGGAGAAUUCUCGCCAUACACCAUCUCACACUUCUCGUACUUUCCCUGCUACGCUUGAAAUGGCGAUUGAAAAUCUCCAAAAAAAUGAAGGCAUCACUUCUCACAAAAGCAGCUUGCUCAACAGCCAUCUUCAGUGGCUGUUGGAUAAUUAUGAGACGGCAGAAGGUGUGAGCCUCCCUCGCAGCUCACUUUAUAAUCACUACCUGCGACACUGCCAGGACCACAAACUUGAUCCAGUAAAUGCUGCAUCCUUCGGCAAACUUAUCCGCUCAGUGUUCAUGGGCUUGCGAACACGACGUCUUGGUACCAGGGGUAACUCCAAGUACCAUUAUUAUGGGAUCCGCCUAAAGCCAGAUUCUCCUUUAAACCGUCUGCAGGAGGAUACACAAUACAUGGCAAUAAGACAGCAACCCAUCCACCAGAAACAAAGAUACAGGCCUGCACAGAAGAUGGAUGGCAUGGGAGAAAAUACAGCCAACAGCAGCCAGCAUACCUCUCCAGAGCAAUCUGUUGCAGCUCAAAGUCAGCAUCAUCAGCAAUUUAUAGAUACAGCCCAUGUGUUUCCAGACUUUCCAGCGCCUGAUUUGGGCAAUGUGCUUCUACCAGAAGGCAUAACUAUGACUGACAUAAAAAAUCUGCAGCUUAUGUACCGGCGCCACUGUGAGGCUACAAUUGAUGUGGUGAUGAAUCUACAGUUCCAGUACAUUGAGAAGCUAUGGCAGGCUUUCUGGAACUCCAAGCCUUCUUCUCCUGAUGGUUCCAACCCAAUGAACAGUGAGGAUGAACAGGAGCCCAUUAUCCCGAAAGACAAGCUGAUGGUGCUUUGUAAAUAUGAACCCAUUAUGAGGUGGAUGAGAAACUGUGACCACAUUCUUUACCAAGCACUGGUAGAGAUACUCAUCCCUGAUGUACUGAGACCUGUUCCCAGUACAUUGACCCAGGCAAUUCGGAAUUUUGCAAAGAGUUUGGAGGGCUGGCUUACAAAUGCCAUGUGUGAUUUCCCCCAGCAGAUAGUUCAUGCCAAGGUUGGAGUAGUAAGUGCUUUUGCACAGACACUACGCCGUUAUACUUCCCUAAAUCAUUUGGCGCAAGCUGCACGAGCUGUGCUUCAGAAUACAUCACAGAUUAAUCAGAUGCUCAGUGAUCUAAACCGUGUUGACUUUGCCAAUGUCCAGGAGCAGGCUUCAUGGGUGUGCCAGUGUGAAGAAGGUAUGGUGCAGAAGCUGGAGCAAGACUUCAAGCUAACCCUGCAGCAGCAGAGCUCAUUGGACCAAUGGGCAAAUUGGUUGGAUAAUGUUGUCACUCAGGUGCUGAAACCACACGAAGGAAGUCCCAGCUUCCCAAAGGCAGCCAGGCAGUUUCUUCUCAAGUGGUCAUUCUACAGUUCAAUGGUGAUCCGAGACCUUACUCUGCGCAGUGCUGCCAGCUUUGGGUCUUUCCACCUUAUACGCCUGCUUUAUGAUGAGUACAUGUUCUACUUGGUGGAACACAGAGUGGCACAGGCAACGGGCGAGACUCCCAUUGCAGUUAUGGGGGAGUUUAGUGACUUUGCUUCAAUGUCUCCAGUGCUGAUGGAUAAAGAUGAUGUCAGUGAGCUUGGGAGUGAUAACGAUGGGGAUCCUCGAAUUUCUGGUCAGCCUCCAGUUAAAAGAGAACGUGUGGAUCUGAAUCACUCAAUGCAAGAAAUGUAGACUGGAGUUUCUGCGCCUUAUUAUUCCCUGACAAAUGGGAACUUGUCACCUCUGAUGCAGUCUGCCUUGUCACAGUGUAGUGCCUCUUAAACUCCCACAAGAAUCCUUUUCCCCAGGUAAUCCUCUGUGUCUAGUGGAUAUCAGCAUAUGGAUGGAAGAAUGACCUAGUGGCACUGACAAUCACAUCUGGCUCCAUAAUGCCACACAUCAUAAACUUUUUUUUUUCCUCCUAUCAACUACCACUCUCUAAGUAAUGAGCAGUGACUCUUGGUUAUGGAUAUGGAUUUUUUUCACUAUUUAUCAGAUCCUUUUUGGGUGAAGAAGCAAUGACCACUCUCUGAUGGGACUCAUUAAAUAUCUAAUAUACUUUACAUAAUUUGACUCUUACCUCAUCUAUACUGAAUUUAAAGUGGGCUGGUUUUAUUUGCCAAAUAACAGUGUGUUUGAUACCACAGAGUGUCUGCAUCAUGUGCUCUUUUGAAGGUUUCUGUUAAUUUAAAGUGUCAAAUGAUUUCAGUUGUUGGAGCAAGUGGCAGAUGUGCAACACUAGUGACCGCUUAUUCAUAAAAUCUGUUGUUGCUGGAUAGAAAGAAAUAUUCUGGCGAAAGAACAUUGCUGUCUUGCAAGUGGAACAUUUCAAGGUGUUUGUGGAUAACACCUCUGUAUAGGUUACUGGCUGGUAUAUAAAAACAUUCUAUAUUUGUGUAAAACACUACAGGGUUUCACAUACUGAUACCGUUGUGUUCACAGUACACUAUCUAAUGUACUUCAGCUGUAUGCUCUAAAGAGAUUCUUCUGUCUUAAUUUGUAGAUACCAAAGCAUCUUGCAGAUGAAGCACAAAAUGGGAUUUGUCUAGAUGUGUGCAAAGCCCUUUUUGUCUUGGCUCUGGUGCCUUCAGAAUCCUGCUAUGGAUUCCUGUGUCCUGUAUCUUCUUUUCUAAAGAUGAAGACUGUUGCAGCUAAUGCUCCCUAGGUGUGCAUCAUGCAACUUCUGUAUCCUACGUUUGCUCGUUUGCCUUACUGUGGCCCAGCAUUACCCCUCUUUGGCAUUAAGUACAGGGGGUUUCGAAAAUCCAGUGCCUUAGUGUAUACAAUCGUCUUCUCAGUAGCUACUUUUCUUUUGACCCCUUGCUGCAUUCUUUUCCUGUCAUUUGCUUCUAUGUGAAAAUAUCAAAUCAAAAUUCUACCUGUAUAGAAAUGUUUGCUGCCACUUUGGAUUCCACAACAUUUAUUUCUUUGGUUUUGAAAUUAUUUUCAAACUUGGAUUUUUGUUAUUUUGCUAGUACCAUCUCCAGUCUAGUUCUUAAGUACAUACUUGCAUUUAAAGUCCAUCAAUACAUUCCAAAAAAAAAAAAAAAAAAAAAGUCUGCUAGCCAUUUUGGCUGGACAGGAGUGUAUUGUAAGACUUGAUUCUGAUAAACAACUGCUGGAUAUCUAUGAAUGUGAAAUUGUGGCCUUUUGUCCUGCAAUUGGACUGUGCAGUUGAUAUUCGGGUAACUGCUUCCAAGCCUGGGCUUUACACAAAUCACUAAUGUGACUAAGCACCAGAUAGAAACAUUAACUUGAUAUUUAUACUUAAUGAAAUGUUUUUAAUUGUAAUGUAACUAUUUUAUAGAGCAGAUUAGCUUUAGAUGAGUUAUCUUUCAGGAUUAAAUCUAAUAAUUAAAUAGGUGUGGAUACAUGUUUAAAGUCACUCCGUUUUUCUCAAGCUGAGAUCACCUUUUAAAGGGGAAGUAAUGGCUUCUCAUAAAGUUUAGAAAAAGUCUGUUCAAAUCUGUUAAUAGGGAUCUGCCAAAUCUAAUUGACCCAUUUGCUAGGUCUUGAAUUUCAGAUGCUUGGCCCACAAUGCCUUCUGUUUCCAGUGGAAGCCAAUCGGAAACAAGCACACAUGGCAAGUAAGAGUGAUUUAACCCAGAGUGUUUAUGUUUGAUUGCCUCCUUCUGCAGAAAGCAGGCAGAACAGCUGCUGACUACUUGGAUAUCAAGAAGCACAGAUGGGGCAGGCAGAUGCAGCUGAAGGCUUUAUCUGCUGCAUGAGGAAAAACAUUGUAUUGAAAAGUUCCUUGAAAAGCAUUUCUUGACAGCAUUUCCCUUUAAUAGACAGAAUGCAGCUCUGAGCUAUAGGUGUCUCAUUAUGACAACAUAAUGGCAGGUAUGGUCAUAGUUCAAUAUAAUAGUGGACAUAGUAUAAUACAAAUAUGCCUUCCACAACAUAUGGAAGAUAUUUUAGUCCAUGUAAAAAGUUGACAUAAAUGCAGGAAUCCUGUAUUUUACUUAAGAUACUUCAACAGAGUUAAAUUUCAUGUUUGUUUCCUGCCUGUAGCAUUUGUAAGUCAAAUAACCUUAUGAAAGGGGUGAGGCAUAUUUUCCUCCAGUUAUAAAUCAGACAAAUGAGUCAUUUAUAGAAAUGGACCAACCUCUUGUUUAACUGACCGUAAUAUCAAUCUGUUCCUAGUUUUAAUCUAUCACACUUGCUUUGGCCCUCUGUCCUUAUAUUAAUAUUUUGUGGUACAAAAAAUGAAACCUAUUGUACUUCUGAUAUUUGCCAGAAUAUGGUAGAUGUUAUACUGCCGCAUAAAUGAUUUUCCUCAAAGGAAAAUUGUACCCUGAAAGGUUUUUUUUUUCAUGUAGAAUAUUAUAUAGGUGACCCCCCCCCCCCCCCCCCCCAUGCUCUACAUCAGCACUUUUUAAACUAGGUAACUGUUAAGGACUCCCAGGUUCAGCUCUGAUUCAUGGGAAAGAAACUCUGGUCCACUAAAGAAUUCUGCUUUAAAUGAAAUAAAAUGGGCUUGUUUUCCUUCAUGGAGACUGAUAGAUAUCUUGCCUCACACUAAUUAAUACCACCCAGGCUUGGAAAAUAAAAAUGACUGUAUGUGGGUACUGGCAACUACAAUUUUAUUUUUUUUAAAUAACGUAGAAGUUGUAUUAUUUUCAUAUGAAAAUUGAAAUACUUUUAUGUCCUUUUGUUGCUGUUGGUUAAACUGUUGUAUAUACUUGUGAAAUCUUAAUGGCCCUUUUUUUGUUUUUUGAGACAAAGCUUCUUGUUUUGCUCUUUGUUAAUGGUAGUGACUUCAUUUUAUUUUCCAUGUAAAGUGAAUAUUGAAAUAUAAUGCAUUUAAUGUUUUUGUCUUUUGUCCUUUUUUGCCUUUUUUGGGGGCAAUACUUUAUGUUUUAAUGGGAAAGUAUGGCAGUGAUGAAAUUAUGCUUAAUUAAGGCUUUUGCCAUGUGAUUGGCCAUAGCUGGGAAAAUUGUACAUUAUUGAACUGUUUGGGCCCAAAUAAAGGUACUCUCCUGCUCUGGAGAA